AUGAUUCCUUCCGUGUCAGCUCCUGGAAUACUGACUACAUCUGUUAAUCCCAAACUCCAGGUCAGUAAGGACUCCAGAGACACCACUGACUCAGAGGAGGCCCUGAUCUCUGAUGAUGGCCAAUAUCUUUAUAGAACAGCUGGUGGCUUCUCCAAGAGUGAUAAAGAAGAUGAUGAAGAUGACAGUGGAGAUGACACCUUCGGUGAUGAAGACAAUGGCCCAGGGCCCAAGGAGAGACAGGGAGGAGGAAACUCUGAACUAGGCAGUGAGGAGGAUUCUGCUGACAACACACAGUCCAGGGAAGACAGUGCCCAGGACACCACCAGUGACAGCAGGGAUCUUGACCAUGAGGGCGUGGUCCACAGCAGACCAGACAGCGAGAGUGAGGAGCACUGGGUGGGAGGCGGCAGUGACGGGGAGAGCAGUCACGGCGAUGGCUCUGAGUUUGAUGAUGAAGGAAUGCAGAGUGAUGAUCCGGACAGCAUCAUGAGCGAGAGAGUCAAGGCCAGAAUAAGCAGUGCUGGAGUCAGAUCAAAAGAAUCAAAUGGGGACAGCAGACAAGCGAGCACUCCAGAUGCAGGGCAGAGCCGAUCAGUGGAGUAUCCCCGUCGGAGGUUUUUCUGGAAGUCCCGCAUUUCCCAGGAGGAUGACAGGCAUGAGCUUGAGGACAGCAACACACAGGAGGAAGUUGAGGACUCCACAGAAAGCCCCGACUCCAGAGAUGCUGGCCUCAGCCGAUCCAGGGAAGACAGCAGGGAGAGUCAGUCCCAGGAGGACAGCAACAAUGAGCAAGACCCCAGCAGUGAGUCCAGUCAGGAGGCUGACCUGCCGUCUCAAGAAAGCAGUAGUGAGUCUCAGGAAGAGGGGCUGAGUGAGUCCAGGGGCGAUAAUCCAGACGCCACCACCAGCAGCACAGAGGAGGACAGCGACUCCAGCCAAGAGGACAACCUGAGCGUCCCCUCCAGCUCAGAAAGCCAAUCCAGAGAGGAGCAAGCCGACAGCGACUCCAACGAGAGCCUGAAAUCCUCAGAGGAGAGCCCGGAGACCACUGAGGAGGAGAACAGUUCCAGCCAGGAGGGCCUGCAGUCCCAGAGCGAGUCUGCUGAGAGCCCGAGCGAGGAAAGUCAGUCGGAGCAGGACAGCCAAUCUGAUGAAGGGGCUGGCAGUGACUCUCAGGAAAACAGCAAAUCCAAAGAAGACAGCAACUCUACUGAGAGCAUGUCGAGCAGUGAGGAAGACGGCCAGGCCAGAGGCAUGGACAUGGAAAGCAGAAAACUGACAGUUGACACUUACAACAACAAGCCCAUUGGCGACCAAGAUGACAAUGACUGCCAAGACGGCUACUAGCCUCAGCUUUCCCAAGGAGUGGCUCUCACAGAAAGGACUCUUUGGGGCUUGCAAGUAGGGAAACCAUUGUAAUUAUAAUUUAUUGGUGUUUUAAUCAGAAGAGACCGUUUCUUUUUGAAAGGAAUGCUGGACAUGAUACUUGUAACGAGUGUCACUAUCCCGUAGAAGUUUAAACAAUGCGGAAAAUGACACCACAACACCCUCAACAGGACUGGAAGCAAGGAAAGAGGUGCAUUAUAAUUCACAGCUGAAAUAGUUCAUAACUCAUUAAUCUGAUGAACAGUUACUGAGAUUUUUACCAGGGUACGUCAAAAAGUUUAUAAAUAAUGGAAUUCAGAGAUAAGUUCAUUAUGAUGCAAAAAUACUUGAAAUCUGAGCAUGUUUUUUUUUUUUUUUAAUCAUACAGUUUCCAUGAACUUUUUGAAGAUCCCUUAUGGGCAUGGGUUUCAAAAUGCUUUUGCACUCAAAUAAACUUAACUUUGAAUUCCAUUGUUCGCACACUUUUUGAAGUAGCCUCAUAUUGUGACCUGUGCUGGGUGCUGGGGACGUAGAGAAGCUGAAGCCACACUCCUUGCUUCUGAGGGGCUUACUGGGAAAUACCUAAAGUGAGGCGUUAAGGGGGGACACAUGUGAGGGAAGCCUUGUUGCAAUCCAGUGUGGUGAAUGCGAUAACUGAGGCACAGACCUGAUACAUAGGAGGGAAGAAGAAGGUGAUCAACUUUGGCCUGGGAAAUUCGGGUGGGUUUCACAGCAGAAUAGACACUGGAACUGGACAGUUGCAUAAAAUUUCCUUAUGGAAGACAGGAGAACUCUAUUUAUCCUUGAGAUAAGCAAUAGUUAAUUCUAUAUGAUUAGGUUUUUAGUUUGCGAAAGUACUUUCAAAUUAUAUCAUGGUGAGGUGUUUUGGAGGAACAAUUUUUAAAAAGUUAUUUCUGCUAUUCAGUGAUUUUUGUAGAACUCUCAUGAACUUUACUUCACUGACCAUUGAUAUGGAGCAUUGGGUAGAGGAGCGUUUGGGAAUGAAAUCCCUGUUCAAAUAGAGAACUUUCAGCUUUCCUUUUCCUAAAAUCAGUUUAUGUGCAAUGCUAGAAAACCUGUACCCUGAGAUCUUCGUGUGUGUUGCACCUAGAAAAAUUCUGUACAUAAUAUUCAAUUGAUUUUUGCCAAUUACUAUUUGAAAUGUUACCUCAAUAUAGAAUAUUUGUUUUGUA